GAUGAGAGGCGGAGGUGGACUCCCGGGAGAAGCGGCGGAGCGGGAUCGUGGGUCUGGUUCCAGGCACUCACCCUUCAGAAGCUGCAGCUCCACGGUGUCCCGCAGGCCGUUCCUGGAGCUCCGCGGCCAGAGAGGUUCGCGGCGUCCGCCCCCCGCGCUCACUCUCCCGCGGCCGGCGGGGGCCUGCUGCCAAUGGCGACGCUGCUGCGCUCGGCCCUACGCCCUCUCCGCGCGCUCGGCGGCCGCCGAGGGCCAGCUGCAGAUGUGUGGCUCCGAGGCGCGCGCCAUGGCGCCGGCCUGCUCUACCCGGGCCACAUCCCCACCUCCCCGCUGCAGAAGGCGCUGCUGGCCGCCGGCUCGGCCGGAAUGGCUCUCUCUAACCCGUACCGGCACGACAUGGUCGCAGUCCUAGGGGAGACCACAGGAUACUAUGCCCUGAAGUUCCUCAGGGACCAGAUGAGGAAGGAUCCAGAGGGUGCCGAGAUCCUACAAAAGCGGCCCCGGAUCUCACUGUCCACCCUUGACCUGGACAAGCUCCGUAGUCUGCCUGAGGGCUCCCUUGGCCAAGAGUAUCUCCGUUUCCUGGAUGUGAAUAGGGUCUCCCCAGAUACCCGAGCACCCACCCGAUUCGUGGACGACGAAGAGCUAGCAUAUGUGAUUCAGCGGUACCGGGAGGUUCACGACAUACUCCACACCUUGCUGGGGAUGCCCACCAACCUCCUCGGGGAGAUCACUGUGAAAUGGUUUGAGGCUGUCCAGACCCACCUGCCCAUGUGCAUCCUGGGUGCUCUCUUUGGACCAGUCCGGCUCAGUGCCCAGAGCCUGCAAGUGCUGAUUUCAGAGCUGAUCCCGUGGGCAGUUCAGAAUGGGCACAGAGCACCAUGUGUCCUCAACCUGUACUACGAGCGGCGCUGGGAGCAGCCCCUGAGAGCUCUCCGGGAGGAGCUGGGCAUCACAGAUGCCCCCACGUGCAUGUCAGGGGCCUGGCCUAGGCCCUGAGCCACUGCCCACCCCACCACCCCCACUUCCCCUGGGGCAAAGGACUCUCACCAUUACCUUUGUUCCUUUUCUUUCAGCACUGACCCUUGGACAUCAUUUGUCAUAAUUUGCCAUAACCACUGCCAAGUGGCUUUGAGGACCCCCUGGGAGGGAGCAGACAGUGCAGUGGGGCUCCCAGGAGAGCCAGGAGCCACCCAAAGUGAACCAGAUGUGAGCGAGAAUCAGUAAUCCAGCCUGGUGUUGGGGUAUCUCAGGCCCACUACCCCUGUUCUGGACCCCUCCCUGCCAACCAGGGUUUUCUGGGUGCUAGUCCGGGUGUCCUUCAGGAGUAAGGGCUAUACCAGUUCCAAAGACCUGAGAAGGGGCAAGUGAGUCUCUACUGUCUGAAUAAAGUCUGCCAUCAGCCCAAGUGUCAGCUUCUCCUGCCUUUGCCCAGGGCUGUCCGUGGCUCUGGCAGCCUUGGGCCUCUGAGCACGAAGGGCAGACAUCCCCUCCAGCCUAAGCUUUAGCUGCUGAUCCUCUUUCCUAUGGUCUGAAGUCAGACACACUGGGAUUCAAGUUCCUAAUUCCUCCAUUGUUUUUCAGCAGAGGGACUUAGGGCAAGUUUGUCCCCCUCUCUUAGCCUAUUUCAUCAUGGGUAAAAAGGGAACAGAACCCACACCCACUUCCUAGGGUUACUGUGAGCAUUUCAUGAGGUGAUGCUCAGAAGAAGGGCUUCAGAGAAAAGGCCUCAGGGACAGAAAGAAAUUAUCUCUAUUGUGUUCACAGGUGAAAAGGCAGCAGUGAGGCAGCUGGUUCAUUUUGGAGUCUCAUCCAGGCAUUUUCUUUGGGUCGGGGCCAAGGAGUGGGGACAGGCAGGGUUAAAGUAUCAUUGCAAGAGUGGCUGGCCCUGUCUUGGGAUUUAAAACCAGAAACACUCUGAAGAUGGCAGAGCCUUGGGGCACCUGGGUGGCUCAGUUGGUUAAGUGUCUGCCUUUGGCUCAGGUCACAUUCUCAGGGUCCUGUGAUUGAGUCCCGCAUCCGGCUCCUUGCUCAGUGGAAUUUGUUUCUCUCUCUUCCUUUCCCUCCACAAUCUCAAAUAAAUAAAAUCUUAAAAAAAAAAAAAAAAAAA